CAACCCCACCCUUUGUUCUUCUUUCUUACUUCUAACCACAUCAUGUCAAGCACUGCCCAAUCGGUUGCUACUGCCUUUUGUGGUUGGCCUGCUCCUACCACCGCCACCAUCUACGAAGACAAACAACAACAACAGCAAAACACAAAAGAUGAAACCACACUAGCGAUCCCACGUUCCUUGCUCCAUCAGCUUAUCCAGGAUCACCAUACUGUUUAUCACAUGGAACACCGUGAUCAUCCGAAUCUUUUGGCGCGUGUACUUGUUGCACUCCAUGAAUUGGGUGCCAAUCAAGCUCAACUUAUUAAUGGAUACUACAAGGUGUAUCCUGAUCUUGUGCCAUUGUUACAAACGUCGAUUGAACAACGUGUCCUUACGGACGAUUCGUGGCUGGAACAUUUAGGGGAUCCAAAAUAUUAUCGUCCGUAUCUAACUUUUUUCCAACGUAAAAUUGAAGAAUACGGCAUGGAUCAAGUCGUACAACAGUAUUUCUUCGACAGCCCGCUAUCUAGUUCAAUUGGGUCCCAGCUGCAACCAAUCGUGCAUAUGGCAUUCGGGCUCGAAUACGACAUGCCCGAUGUUGUCACGCAAGGCCUUGCUUAUCUAGCAACGACGUUUGUUGAUGUGGCAUCAUUAUUAAACGUCGAUGAUGAAGAAGAAGAAGAAGAUCACAGCAGCAAUGAAAGACAACGACGAUUGUCAACAACAACAACAACAACCAUGGAUCACGAAAGUUUGUUGUUUGAUAUGAUAGCAGCGGACCCCAGAUUUGGCGGACGCAUGGACGGCACCAACACGUUCCAUUCUGCGCUCAAAGUAUUGAUCAAAAGCCAGCAGUCGCUGCUUGGCAUGUAUAUGCGUCAGAAUGCAACCCAGGUCCGACUACAAGACCUAGUUACCUUGGCAGCUCGAUUGAUUCCUUGUACAAAACAAGCGCAUCGUCUGGACUGGUUUCUCGGCGGAGGACAGCUGCUUGCGUCUGCAUUAGCGAUCCAGUAUCUCAUGGAACGAUUUGAAAAGCAAUACAACAACAAAAAGCUCGUACGGUUACAAUUCUUAGCCACCUUGUGUACGUUUAUUGUCCAAGGUCGACCCACGCGUCCUCCUACCUCCCACUAUGAUGCGCGUUAUGUUCAUUCAGAACAACAACAACAACAACAACUUUCUUGGGAUUCGUGUGGUUCCACUGUCGUUGCUUCGGGUGAUCCAAAAUCGGUAUUAAUCUUACAAUCCCUGGUGAAAGCUCGCCGACUUUAUGGUAAUGGCGAAGAAGAGGGGUGCUAUUUAGAUAUUGCCAAUUUCAUUGCUGGGUUUGUGCAGAGAGCAGACGGUGCAUGGUGCAAGACAGAUGAUCGCAGUGUACGCUAA